AUGUGUGACGACGACGAGACUACCGCCCUUGUGUGCGACAAUGGCUCUGGCUUGGUCAAGGCUGGAUUUGCCGGAGAUGACGCUCCCCGUGCUGUCUUCCCUUCCAUUGUGGGAAGGCCCCGCCACCAGGUAUUGUACUUAAGAAAAACUACCAUGAUGUAACUGGGGCUGGUAUAGAUUGUGUCAUUGUACAGACACAGAUUUUUAGGGGAGGGGUAUCAAACUGUGUCAAAAAGAGUGCAAUAUGCUGCUGUGCCAUCUGUCAUGUAGGCUUUGAUGAUGAUGUAAUUCCUAACUUCUCUUCUCCAGGGUGUGAUGGUGGGUAUGGGUCAGAAGGACAGCUACGUAGGUGAUGAGGCUCAGAGCAAGAGGGGUAUCUUGACUCUGAAGUACCCUAUCGAGCAUGGCAUCAUCACUAACUGGGACGAUAUGGAGAAGGUGGGUCGUAGAUUACAACAUCUUGCACUGAAGGAAGAGUUUUGGUAUUGAUUUUGGCACAAGACUAUAAGUAAAUGUGUGCAGCAUAACAACAUAAUAAACAGAGAACUUCAACUCUCUCAUAUUUUUGCAGAUCUGGCACCACACCUUCUACAAUGAGCUGCGUGUGGCCCCUGAGGAGCACCCCACCCUGUUGACAGAGGCUCCCCUGAACCCCAAGGCCAACAGAGAGAAGAUGACCCAGGUAAUUUUAACUGCAUUAUUCCCCCACUUCAAAUCCAUGUUUUCUGUUAGAGGCAAUGCUAUGGAUAACCGUCAAGCAAACUUCUGAAAUGUCUCUCUUAUUCUUAUGUUAUAGAUCAUGUUUGAGACCUUCAACGUUCCCGCUAUGUAUGUGGCCAUCCAGGCUGUCCUGUCCUUGUACGCCUCCGGUCGUACCACAGGUCAGUAUUCCAGGACACUGCCUCUUAUAUGUACCAUUGUCAACCAUGGAUAGUUGAUAUAUUACUGAUACAAUAUGUAGUUUGCUGCCACACAUUAGUGGUCAAUAUGACAAUAGGAGACAACUCAAAUGAAGUUGAUGCACGUGUUACAAUAUGUUGAAUAAGUGUGCUGUUUAGUUGUCAGAGACAGCUAGAUGAAUUGUGCCCUGGUUGUCGAGGACGUGUUAAUCCCUGUCUGGCAGGGUAUGUGGCACACCUGCCAUUGAUGUCAGCGGCAUUGUUAGUUUAUGAUGUGACAAAUGCUUGUAGUGAUUCCCAUAUGGCAGCCGGCCAUUCCUCUGUCUGUCAUGUCUGUCUGACUAAUGUGCCUUGUCUGCCCCCUAUAGGUAUUGUGCUGGACUCUGGUGAUGGUGUGACCCACAAUGUCCCCAUCUAUGAGGGUUAUGCUCUUCCCCAUGCCAUCAUGCGUCUGGAUCUGGCUGGUCGCGAUCUGACUGACUACCUGAUGAAGAUCCUGACAGAGCGUGGCUACUCUUUCGUGACCACAGGUAAGGAUGUGUAGGAGAGCUAACUGUCAAUGAGGUUAUGCCUCAUUUUUAAGAUUAUUGUAAUUUCUGUAUGUUUACGGCAAUCUCUUGCUGUGCAGUUGUGUGAAAGUUCUUCCUCUCAUCAUUGAAACUUGCCCCCCUUAGCUGAGCGUGAGAUUGUGCGUGACAUCAAGGAGAAGCUGUGCUAUGUCGCCCUGGACUUCGAGAAUGAGAUGGCCACUGCUGCCUCCUCCUCCUCCCUGGAGAAGAGCUACGAGCUUCCCGACGGUCAGGUCAUUACCAUUGGUAAUGAGCGUUUCCGUUGCCCAGAGACCCUCUUCCAGCCUUCCUUCAUUGGUGAGGCAUGCUUAUGCAUUAUACAUUAUGGUUGCGAUACAAUAUGUUAUUACAACAACAACAAAAUGGUGUGUUCUGUGUCAAUUAAUGGACUGUAAUAUCUUCUACCAGGUAUGGAGUCCGCUGGUAUCCAUGAGACCGCCUACAACAGCAUCAUGAAGUGUGACAUUGACAUCCGUAAGGACCUGUACGCCAACAAUGUGCUGUCAGGUGGUACCACCAUGUACCCUGGUAUUGCUGACCGUAUGCAGAAGGAGAUCACAGCCCUGGCCCCCAGCACAAUGAAGAUCAAGGUGAGGGACAAUCCCACCAUAUUAACCUUCUGGAUGUCAACCAUCAAGUUAAUUUAAAUGUUCAGGUAUGCAUAUGCAGUGGGUCUACGUGAAACUAAGCAAUUCUCUGUACUCUGUUCAUCUUCUAGAUCAUUGCUCCCCCUGAGCGUAAGUACUCUGUCUGGAUCGGUGGCUCCAUCCUGGCUUCCCUAUCCACCUUCCAGGCCAUGUGGAUCAGCAAGCAGGAGUAUGAUGAGGCAGGCCCCUCCAUUGUUCACAGGAAGUGCUUCUAA